AUCCAGUGAUUUUCAACUACAUCAAACCAAAUGAUGUUGUGGCGUUUUUCCGACAAAAAACAAACCAAUCACUAAAUUUUUUCCUUAAAUAAAAAUCAAAUCAAAUUCUUACUAUUAACAAUAAAUAAAUAAACAACCUUAGACCAAUUCAAAGUGACACAGUCACACGAUUUGAAAAUAACAUCAUCAAGUGAGAGAAGAAAAAUAAAAACGAUUCCUUUUUGUCUGAAAUUUAAGUGAUCUGUUAUUUUUUUUCAAUCUUCAACGACCCAUUUGGUUAAUUGUUUCAAAAACAAGAGAAAAUCCAAAUGGGUUGGAUUCCAUGUUCUGGAGGUUCUAAUACUAAGAAGAAAAAGAUAAAGAAGAAGAAAUUGGAGGAAGUGCAGGAUAUGCGUGAUGCUCCGAUCAAAGUUGUAUCUCAGCCUCAAGGAAUCGCCAAACAUAAUAUGUUAUCAACAUAUACAAGUAGAGUGACGACAUUACCAUAUUGGAAAUUGAAGAAGAAUUCAUCUAUGAAUUCCAGAAAUUCCUCCAAAAAUGGAGACUCUGAACACAUUGCCGCACAAACAUUCCCUUUCCGUGAGUUAGCAACCGCUACUAGAAAUUUUAGAGCAGACUGUCUUCUGGGUGAGGGAGGCUUUGGCAGAGUAUACAAAGGGCAUUUAGAAUCUAGUAAUCAGACUGUUGCAAUCAAGCAACUUGACCGAAAUGGGCUACAAGGGAAUAGAGAAUUCCUUGUUGAAGUGUUGAUGUUAAGUCUUCUUCACCACCCUAACCUUGUCAACCUGAUUGGUUACUGUGCUGAUGGUGAUCAAAGGCUUCUAGUUUAUGAAUAUAUGCCAUUAGGAUCCUUGGAAGACCACUUACAUGAUAUUUCUCCUGGCAAGAAACGACUUGACUGGAGCACAAGAAUGAAAAUAGCUGCCGGGGCAGCAAAAGGGUUGGAAUAUCUACAUGACAAAGCUAACCCUCCGGUCAUAUACCGAGAUUUAAAGUGCUCUAACAUUUUGCUUGGUGAAGGGUAUCAUCCUAAGCUAUCUGAUUUUGGUUUGGCUAAAGUUGGUCCUGUGGGCGAAAACACUCAUGUAUCAACAAGGGUUAUGGGAACCUAUGGAUAUUGUGCUCCAGAGUAUGCAAUGACAGGUCAACUGACUCUGAAAUCAGAUGUUUAUAGUUUUGGUGUAGUUCUUCUGGAAAUAAUUACGGGAAGGAAAGCUAUCGACAAUUCAAAAUGUGCGGCAGAGCAGAAUCUUGUUGCAUGGGCUAGACCCCUGUUUAAAGAUCGAAGAAAAUUCACACAAAUGGCUGAUCCAAUGCUCCAAGGUCAAUAUCCUUCAAGAGGGAUAUACCAAGCCCUUGCCGUUGCAGCAAUGUGUGUUCAGGAACAGGCAAAUAUGCGUCCAGUUAUAGCUGAUGUGGUGACAGCUCUGAGUUACCUUGCUUCACAGAGAUAUGAGCCCAAUACACAGACGGUUCAAAGCUCUCGCCUCGGUCCUGGUACUCCUCCUCGAACCAGGAGGGGAGUUUGAUAGUCUGGUGCAAUUUUCACAUAUCUUACAAUACACUCCAAGAUAUAUAGGCUAUAUAGAUGUUAAUACUAUAUGUGUUAUUAUGGUGUUACUGUCUCAGUUCAUAGCAUAGUUUAAAUAUCUUGUGAAAUUUUGUUUCUUAUGGUACGCAUAAUUGAUCCUAUUUUCAUUUGGGCAGAAGAUAGUAUUUCCUCACUCUUCCAUAAAUUUCUACCAAGUGUUCCAUGCAUCUAGGCAAUGGUUCUUUGUCCUGGUUGCUAUGUAGUUAUGAAGCUCUAUGGAAAUAUAGCUUUUUCAAUCACACAAGAUAGCAUGCUGUGUUAUGACUUGCUUUCAUAUUAUUUGGAAGUUAAUCUGGCUGUUUACCGAUUUUCGAUGUAACUUGUAAUUGCUCAUGAAAUGAAACACAUUUUUUAUAGCAUGAUUCUUGAUCGAGAGAAUUAUUGCAUUGGCACUGUUAUGAUAGAGAAUUAUUGCAUUGGCGAUGUAACUUGUAAUUGCUCAUGAAAUGAAACACAUUUUUUAUAGCA